AUGCGACUUCUACGACGGCGUAUGUCCCCUGUCAAGCUUGUGGUGCUGGGGGGGACACUCUUCAUGGUGGUUUUAGUUGUUCUUCAAAAGGAUGUUGCCUCUUCACCUGGGCAGGAUCCUUGGUUUCAGGAUCUUGUCGACAAAAAGGACAAGGUGAUGGUGAUGGUUCGAGAUGCUGUUCACAAUAUAGGCUUUCAGAUUGGAGCUCCUCAGCCUCCGCCAGAUUUUUCACAGCCCACAGAGGAUGUCAGCUGUCCCUCCGGCUUCUACUCUCUGGCUGAGCUCAAACCACACCUGGACCGACCGCCCCAAGACCGUAAUGCCCCGGGAGCUGAUGGUAAAGCGUUUCAAACAGACAACUUGACCCCUGAAGAAGCGAAAGAGAAGGAGGAUGGCAUGACAAGACACUGUUUUAACCAGUUUGCCAGUGACCGGAUCUCGCUCAGCCGAAGCCUUGGAGAAGAUACCAGACCCCCAGAGUGUGUGGAAAGAAAGUUUCGCCGCUGCCCUCCUCUACCAACCACCAGCGUCAUUAUAGUCUUCCAUAACGAGGCCUGGUCCACUCUCCUCAGGACUGUAUACAGCGUGCUCUACACCUCUCCAUCCCAAUUACUCAAAGAAAUCAUUUUGGUAGAUGAUGCCAGUGUAGCAGAGCAUCUCAAAGACAAACUGGAGCAGCAUGUGUCUGAGUUGAAGAUUGUGCGUGUGGUGCGGCAGCUGGAGAGAAAGGGCCUCAUCACUGCCCGACUCCUGGGGGCCAGUAUAGCAAAGGGGGACGUGCUCACCUUCCUGGAUGCUCACUGUGAGUGUUUCGAAGGCUGGCUGGAGCCAUUAUUGCAUCGUAUUGUGGAGGAGCCUACUGCGGUGGUGAGUCCAGAGAUAAGCUCCAUUGACCUGAACACUUUCCAGUUUCACAAACCUGUAGCCACUAAUCGCGCUUACAACCGUGGCAACUUUGACUGGAGUCUCACGUUCGGCUGGGAGCCUAUACCAGAAGAUGCCAAGAAACUGCGCAAAGAUGAGACUUAUCCUGUAAAAACACCAACUUUUGCUGGAGGUCUCUUCUCAAUAUCCAAAAAAUAUUUUGGGUACAUUGGAACAUAUGAUGACAAGAUGGAGAUUUGGGGUGGUGAGAAUGUGGAAAUGUCCUUCAGGGUAUGGCAAUGCGGAGGCCAACUCGAGAUCAUACCUUGUUCUGUGGUGGGACACGUGUUCCGCACAAAGAGCCCCCACACAUUUCCUAAAGGCACCGAAGUCAUCACUCGCAACCAGGUGCGCCUCGCAGAGGUCUGGAUGGAUGACUUUAAGAAAAUCUUCUAUCGUCGCAACCAAAAUGCCGCCAGUAUGGCAAGUCAGAACCAGUAUGGAGACAUUUCUGAACGUUUAACUCUAAGGGAGAAGCUGCAGUGCAAAAAUUUUACCUGGUAUUUGAAAACUGUUUACCCAGAGGCCUUCAUCCCAGACCUAGACCCAGUCAAGUUUGGACCUAUUCGUAAUUCUGGAUCAAAGAGCUGCUUGGAUGUGGGUGAAAACAAUCAAGGAGGCAAAGCUCUGAUUAUGUAUCAAUGUCAUAAUAUGGGAGGAAACCAGUACUUUGAAUACACAUCCCAUAGAGAGCUACGACACAACAUCGGUAAGCAGCUGUGUCUCCACGCUAAUGCACUGCCUGAUGUAGUGAAGAUUGAAGAGUGCUGGUUAAAAGGAAAAGGCACAAUUCUUGGGCCAAACCAGGAGUGGGUUUUUACAGAGGAAAACCUCCUGAAGAAUCCGCAGAGUGGGAAGUGCUUGCGGCUGGAUGGAGGCCAGAUUCUGAUGGACUCUUGUAAUGCAGCAGAUCUGUUCCAGCACUGGACCUUCAGCUGA